GCGGGGCCGCGGCUCCAUCUGGCCGCAGCCGUGCCCGGCGCGCCUCGGGGUGGGCAGCCCGGCCGGCCCCCUCCCUCCCGUCGCCCGGCCAUCCCCAGGGACGGCGCCGGGUCCCCUCCCCGUCCCGCUCCGCCGCCCCCAAGAUGCUGUUUUGGCACACGCAGCCGGAGCACUACAACCAGCACUCGACCGGCAGCUACCUGCGAGAUGUCCUUGCACUGCCGAUCUUCAAGCAGGAAGAACCGCAGCUGUCUCCUGAGAAUGAUGCCAAACUGCCUCCCUUCCAGUACGUCCUCUGCACAGCCACGUCACCCGCUGUGAAGCUGCACGAAGAAACCCUGACCUACCUCAACCAAGGUCAGUCUUAUGAAAUCCGUCUACUUGAGAAUAGGAAAUUGGGAGAGUUUCAAGAUUUAAACACAAAAUAUGUAAAGAGCAUAAUUCGUGUAGUUUUCCAUGAUCGACGCCUGCAGUACACAGAGCAUCAGCAGCUUGAGGGCUGGAGGUGGAGUCGUCCUGGGGACCGCAUCCUUGAUAUAGAUAUUCCGCUGUCAGUUGGUAUCUUGGAUCCCAGAGCCAGCCCGACACAGUUGAACACUGUUGAAUUUCUGUGGGAUCCAUCAAAGAGAGCCUCAGCAUUCAUUCAGGUACAUUGCAUCAGCACAGAAUUUACUCCACGGAAACAUGGAGGAGAGAAAGGGGUGCCCUUCCGGGUGCAAAUCGACACCUUUAAGCAGAAUGAAAAUGGUGAAUACACAGAACACUUGCAUUCUGCAAGCUGCCAGAUCAAAGUGUUCAAGCCUAAAGGAGCAGACAGAAAACAGAAGACUGACAGGGAAAAAAUGGAGAAGAAGACCACCCAAGAGAAGGAGAAGUAUCAGCCUUCCUAUGAGACAACUAUUCUCACAGAGUGCUCUCCCUGGCCAGAUGUGCCUUAUCAAAUGAACAAUGCUCCAUCUCCAAGCUACAACAGUUCUCCCAACAGCUUCAACCUUGGAGAUGGCAACAGUUCUCCAACCCACCAAGUGGAGCUCCUGCCUCCCAGCAAUGAUCAUCUCCUUCCUUCUGCUUCUAUUCAAGAUGCCCAGCAGUGGCUUCAUCGUAAUAGGUUCUCUCCAUUCUGUAGACUCUUCUCAAGUUUUUCGGGUGCUGACUUACUGAAGAUGUCCAAAGAAGAUUUUGUUCAAAUCUGUGGGCCUGCUGAUGGAAUUCGGCUCUUUAAUGCAAUCAAAGGAAGAAAUGUAAGGCCCAAGAUGACAAUUUAUGUCUGCCAAGAACCAGAGCAAAACAGGUCCCAUCUCCACCAAAAACGAGAAAAUGGAGACGGCAGUCUUUGUGUAUAUCAUGCAAUCUUCUUGGAAGAAUUGACCACGCUGGAAUUAAUUGAAAAGAUUGCAAACUUGUACAGCAUUUCUCCACAGCAGAUAAACCGAAUCUAUCGGCAGGGACCCACAGGGAUCCACGUGUUAGUGAGCAAUGAGAUGGUGCAAAACUUCCAAGAUGAAUCUUGUUUUGUUAUCAGCACAUUAAAAGCUGAAAGCAAUGAUGGAUACCACAUCAUUUUAAAAUGACCGUGCUGCACAGAAAGACUUUAACAGCCUAAAAUUUAGUGCCUCACUGAGAUUGCUACAACCUAGACUGGAAACAUGAAGAACCUUCUGGAUAAAAUGCUCCUAUGAACUAAGAAUUACCAAACAGCUUAAGGAAAAAGUUGCUUUUACAGAUAUACAUUUUUGGUGGUGUGUGGUUUUGUUUUUGUUUUGUUUGGUUGUUUUUUUUUUUUUUUUUUUUGUUUUGGGGUUUUGUUUUUUUUUUUGAAGCUGGAGCUGAGAACAUCCUCAAAGCUUGUACAUGUUUCUUCCUCCCUCCCUUCCUCUUCAGUCUUAAAAAUUGUCGAGGUUUCUGCUUAUUACUUAAAAACAUCUGCCUUCUACUAAAGGGAAAUGAAAGAUAAACAAAACCCAAUUCUGUAGACCCCUCAUGGUUGGGUGAAUUGAUUUAUUUACUGUUAUGAGUGCUCUCUUGCUUUCAACACACACCCUGUUGCUGAUGGACAUAGGCCCCCUGGGGCUCCUCUUUUACUCUUUGAGGUGGAAGGCUCGGGGCUUCAUCUGAAACCAGACUGGGCGAUGCAGAGCAUGGAUUUGGUGUCCAGUCCUCACACAGAGUGUCAGCCCUGGAAGCCCACACUUAGCUGCUUUCCAUCUGUAGAUGUGCUCAAAGUCCAGAGACCUCGGUCCAUCCUGAUAGAGCUUCUGUAAUACCAAUCCAACAGAACAAUUUUGCGGGGUUCAGGGAGGAACAGACAACCAGAGGCAAGCAGUUCAGUACCAUAUGAUAUCUUCAGCUUUAGAAUAGUCUCCUUGAGUAUGGAGUAUAUGAAGGUUUUCUGAGGAAAUAUUUUGAACAUUGAAAAGUUACAGAGCUCAUGACAAAUUCAUACUAUGGAUUUAUUCUACUCUGCAAAGUAUUGAUUAACCGCUAUCUUUACUGUAACUGGGAAUUAGGUUAUGAUCUUAAUGAUUUUUCUUCCUGUUGCUCACUGAAGUAAGUAAAACUGAAUUUUGAUUGAGUCGAGGUAAUGGAUCAUAGUUGCUGCUUCUUAUAUUCUUGCUGUUUCACUUUUGACUUCUGUUUCAAAUAUCUGCAACUAUGGUCAACUCCACCCUCCCUUGGUCUUUUUGGGACACCAUCCAGGCUCCACUAAGCUGAAAAAGUGGCUUCCACGGAUGUCAAAGGCAAACUGGAUCACACCCUUCUUGCAUGUAUGGAGUCAUUUCACUGUUGGAGGCUAAUUAAUAAGGCUGUUUCCCAAACCGAAUGUCCAUAUAGCAUCAAAUUUAAUUUCAUCCUGAAUUGAGAUGGAAAGAUGAAAUACCAAAAAUUUUCUUGGAAUGGAAAUUUUUCAAAAAAUGCGAAAUUGUCAGCUGGAAAACGCUGAAUAAAAUGUUCUAGCCUUUUGAAAUGGAAACGUUUAAUUAAAUCCAUUUGGCCCUUAAAGCAGCAUCAGUUUGAGCUACUGUUGCAGACCUCAGAAAUUACCAUUCAAGUGCCUUGUGCGCCGUGUCUCCCUUGGGGCCCAGCUCUUUGGCUGGGUUACAGAUCCCAUGAUGCUCUUACCGUGGGUUAGUCAAAGGGGGAAUGCGUCAUGAAGGCUGGAGGGGUGCCCAGGAGCCCAGCCUUCUGGGAAAGAAGAGGACAUGGAGCCUGUGAAUUACAGCUCCCAGCUGACACGGGAGGAAUUCAGACAGACACGGACUGAUAUUUUUCUGACAAAAACGAUGUGUUUCAAGUUUUCCCAACAGAAAUGAAAAGCAAAAUAUUGAGAAAAGCAACCUUUUUUUCAUUAAAAGCAUCAAGUUUUGCACAAAAAAACCCACCCAUCCCCACUGAUUUUUUUUUUUUUUACACCAAAAAUAAUACUAGAAUAGAAAAAUCAUGUUACAAUGGGAAAACCUUCAGCCAACUCAGCUAAUUGAGUAACAUUGCCUACUUAGGCACGAUCUUCCUCAACUGGCUGUCUUGGAUGCUCCAUGAAUUGUAGUGUUUCUCCAAAAAGGAUGCCCAGGCUUUGGGGCGUGGUGAUUCCUCCCCAUGACAUGGAGGAGCUUGAGGUUUCUUGGUUGAGAACCAGGUUGUGUACAUGGUCUCCUAGAGCGAGGGAGGUCAGACAGAGGGGCUGGGGGGAGCUUUGGGGGAAGAUAUGCCUUUUGUGGAGAAUAGGAAACGCUAUCUUAUUGAGAGGAAGGUGAGGCCAUGCCAAGCUCCACUCUGCCUUGGUCCCUGUGUCGCCUCCCUGGUUCUGCAGCCUGCUUUGCACUGGUGUGCAUGUAGAGGGGGGCAGCUGGGAAGCCCUGGGCACUGAGGCAUCCCGUUUGUGGCCACACAGUUACAGCUGCCUUCCAAAAAGGGAGUAAAUUCCAGCCGGUUUUGUGAGUAGGUGGGACCAAUGUGCCCCCGCGUAUCGUGAGCUGUUUGGUUUAUUUAGUGGAAGGUCUUUGGAAGAUGUACAUUGGCUGUGCUUUUUCAUCUUGUUUUGUAAUACUGGCCUAAUAUCUGGUGUGGCUGUUGUUGGUAUGCAACUCGGAGAGGUGAGUCUGACCUGAUGAGAAGGGUUUAAAAAAAGACCUUGAAGUUGCCAGGAGCAUGGCGUGUGCUGUAUCCACUUACACGUGAUAGCCAGGGGGCACAGCAAUACUGAAACGCAGCAAUGUGAAGAAAGGCUAGAGGUAGCUUUCCUCCCAGAGUUAGGGACUAAGAACUGUUUGCUUAUUUAGAAAAAAAAAAAACCAACAACAAAACUUGAUUAUUUAAAAAACAAAUCUUGCCCAUAAGGAAUUAUAGGCAGAACUUCAGUAGUGUUUCAGUAGCAAUUGCUUGAUUAAUUUUGAAUAAAAAUAA